AUGUCAGCGGAAUUCAUUGCUCUUGCUUCAGCAUCUAGUGAAGCUGAGUGGUUAAGGAAUCUCAUGUUUGAGAUACCUUUGUUACCUAAGCCAAUUUCACCGGUGGCGAUUCAUGCGGAUUGCAUGACGGGUUUAGGUAGGGCUUAUAGUCAAGUGUAUAAUGGUAAGUCUCGUCAUAUUGCUCUCAGGCACAGCCUGGUGCAAGGACUUAUCACUAAUGGGGUCAUAACUUUUGACUAUGUGAACACUAAGUUGAAUGUAGCCGGUUCUUUUACGAAAGCCAUGACUAGGGAUUCAAUUAAACAAGCGUCAAACCGUGAUGAACAAGGUAGUCGUCCAUUUAAAGUUCUCAAGAUCAAGAGUAGAAGAGCUCUUGGUGUUGUAUCCGUUUCAAGGGGAUAUGCUUUUAUACGUAGUGAGAACCUACCUAUAUAA